AUGGAGACCGACGCACCGAAUGACGGUGACGUGCUGCUGGAGUUCCGCGCUGGGAGGAUGUCAGUCAGCGGUAGCACUGUGAAACCCGACCCUCGCAAGGGCCUGUUCCGACUGAUCAGGACAGAGGAUCUACUGCUGCAUCUGCAGUGGCUGGAUCGCACCACCCAGGCUGUUGAGGAGGACAUGGUGGUGUUUCCAGACGAAGCAAAGUUCGAAAAGGUCUCCCAAUCCAGUGGGCGGGUGUACAUGCUUUCCUUCAAUGAGGACGACCGCAAGCUCUUCUUCUGGAUGCAGGAGCCCAAGGCACACAACGAUGAGCAUCACUGCUCUGAAGUCAACCGGAUAUUGAAUGAGGCUUGGUUGCUAGAGGAGGACGACCGGGUGCUGGACGCAGCAAUGAUGGACUCUGAAGCCGAUGCUUUCACGGAGAACGAGGAGGGGCAUCUGGGGGAGGCGGGUAUGCACGACGAUGGGGACAGCCACCAGGCGCUGGCGUCUGCCGUACAAGAUGUUUCUCCUCUAAUUCACUUACUUGUUCAAUUCACAAUCUUCACAGAGGAGAGGGUCAUCUGGGGGGGGAGAGGGUCAUCUGGGGGGGGAGAGGGUCAUCUGGGGGAGGAGAGGGUCAUUUGGGGGGGGGGAGGGUCAUCUGGGGGAGGAGAGGGUCAUCUGAGGGGGGAGAGGGUCAUCAGGGGGAGGAGAGGGUCAUCUGGGGGAGAAGAGGGUCAUCUGGGGGGGGAGAGGGUCAUCUGGGGCAGGAGAGGGUCAUUUGGGGGGGGAGAGGGUCAUCUGGGGGGGGAGAGGGUCAUCUGGGGGAUGAGAGGGUCAUUUGGGGGGGGAGAGGGUCAUCUGGGGAAGGAGAGGGUCAUCUGGGGGAGGAGAGGGUCAUCUGGGGGAGGAGAGGGUCAUCUGGGGGAGGUAGACAUGCAUGAUGAUGGGGACAGCAAACAUCUUAUGAGGCACCUACAGCAGCACAGCAACGCAGGCCAGCCCGCAGCAGUGGCGUGGCGCGCCGUGCCGCCGGACCCACAGUUGGCGUUCUUUUUCAUGGAGAAUCAACAUGAUUAUCACUUCUUUCCUGUUUCCUCUCUUCCCUCUCUUGCCCUGCCUUACAGACCAGCCGGCAGCAGUGGCGCCGUGCCGGCAGGCCCGCAAGGGUCGUCCGGUCUUGGCGACCUGAGAGGCAGUGCUGCUGCAACUGGUGCUGCUGGCGCUGCUGGCGUUGAUGCUUCUCGUGGUGCUGCCGCUGCUCUUGGUGCUCCUGGUGUUGCUCCUGCUGCUGCUGGUGGUGGUGGGAGAGUAGCGGGGCCGGUGCAGUUGGCGCAGCUGCAGAGCAUUCUGGCUGGUCUGGGUCAAAUACAAGUGCCGCAACACUUGAGAGCAAGGAGCAUGAAGCUAACGGACAUUCUCAAGCCUGAAGUCAUGAUGAGCACCCUCAGCGAUGGCACUGUGCAGCAGAGACUGGCUCAGUUCCUCCCGCCUGAGCUGAGGAAACCAGAAGACAUGCGGCAGCUCGUGCUGAGCCCGCAGUUUCAGCAGCAGCUGGACGCAUUUUCCGAGGUGUUGCUUGCAGGAAAGAUCGACCUCUCGCAGUUUGGCAUUGAUGUAAACAAGUCCCUCUCCCUUGGAAACGGUAUUCCCAAGGGGAUUCGACCACGAUGGAAGUUCAUUGGCGGGAACCAGACUCAACUAGGGGACACGUGGCAGCUGAUGGAGACACGGCGGCAUGGGUGGGCUCGCGAGGGGGAGAGCGAGGGCGGGGGUGUGACUGCAGCGAGGGACGGGCGAUACAAGUUCAACCUGAACGAGUACAUGGUGACUAUAGAGAAGCCGCUGGGGAUCUGGUUCUCCCAGACGGAUAGCGGAGCAGUUUAUGUCGAAGCACUGCAGGAGAAGGUACGUAUAGGGAAAGGGAAUAACCACGCUGGGGAUAAUGUUUUGGCAGGAAGUGCAGGGCAAACGUUCGCUUAA